AUGAAUAGACACAAGAAAAAAGAAUCGGCGACUAUCUUCCAAAACAUCCAAAACACAGUCUUUCUCAUCGACAUACCAACCUCUAUCGCCCUCGCGCAGAACUGGACUCCAGCGCAGGGCCAAGACCCACCAGAACCAAAAGACUCUGCUGAAUCAAGCACAGAAUCACACCAGAAAACGAAAUGUCUCAUCUCAUCACCACCUCUCAGGGCCCCGUACCCGUCUUCCACAGAACCCAAGACGGACGCGGCGCGCGCAAAGCUCUUGCAGCGCUUCUCCGGAGAAGAGAGGCGGUUUCAUGAGGAGAUUGUGCAGCCGCUUGUAAGAGACGCUCUGGAUGAGAUUCGGGGUGCGUUGAAGUCUUCUUCUGGGAGAGAGUGGUGUCUUCCGCGGUGUGUGCUUGAUGAAAAUGAAAAAGACAGCAAACGCGAAAGAGAGCCACAGAAGUGGGAGCUGUCGAAGGAUUCUGGUUCUGGUUCUGGUUCCAGGAAGAGGAAACGAGGAUAUGGUAAUUCGAGCGAACCGCCUAUUGUUCUGUCGUCAAGUUCGUCCAAUACAUUCGAGUCAAUGGCGGAUCUUCAGGGGAUUGUGAAGAAUCCCUCAUCAUCAGAGUCUGCGAUUCUGACUGUUGCUGGUCUUGGUUCUGGCUCGCAGACUGCUGAAGCAAGCACUUACAUCGUACCGCCAACGUCAAGCUUCGUGCUCUGCACACUACCUCUUUCCGACCCAGGAAUAUCUACACCCAUCCCAGGUCUUCCAGAGGACCACCGAUUCAACCUCAUGCUUCUCGAUCCGCCAUGGCCGAACCGGUCUGUCCGCCGCAGCGGCCACUACAAUACCCACCCUUACUUCGGGAUGGAAGAACUCACCCAGUGCCUGGGGGCUAUCCUCAGGGCACAUAGCUAUGUCCACGACGAUGUUUCGUGCACGAAUACAGUCCCUGACCACCACCCUUCUUCUGCUGCUCAGAGCCGACAGUCUCUCGCAGCUAUAUGGGUGACCAACUCCGAACGAUCUCGCAAAGCAGCGUACGAUUCUCUGCGCAGCGCGGGGUUUCGCGUCUGUGAAGAAUGGAUAUGGAUUAAGAUUACCACUGACGGACAGCCGAUCUCAACACUUGAUGGUCUCUGGCGCAGGCCGUAUGAGACCCUGAUUAUUGGUCGCAAGCCUACCGGGAACGAGGUGGAGGACAUAGUCAACACGACCAUCACCAGACGAGUCAUCGCCGCCGUGCCGGACCUUCAUUCUCGCAAACCGAACCUGAAAUCCAUCUUCGAGGAGGUAUUCUUUGCCUCUGAUUCUUCCGACAGAUACAAUCCUAUUAUUGUCCCAUACGCCGCGCUCGAGGUGUUCGCCCGCAACCUAACAGCCGGGUGGUGGGCAUGCGGCAACGAAGCCAUUAAAUUCAAUGCCAGCCAAUGUUGGACGGACAUUCCUACGCAUUUCCCGAAUGCGGUAAACCCGACCCUAGACUGA